AUGGCUGGUCAAAUUAGCUUUUGGGUUUGGGUACAGAACCAUACCCAAAAACAAAACUGGAAGACCCAAUUACACUCGAACCGUACACGUGUGAUUUUCUGUGGGACCAUCCGUACCUGUACUUUUGUACAUGUACCCUAUGUGACAAAAAUGCACGCCUCCCAAGAUGCUAAUGACAUGGAUCAUGUGCUUUCCACCACCCUUUACUUUCAUUUCAAGAACAACUCGCUACACAGUGGAAGGAUUCCUCUUCAACCCUUUGUCUACAAGAUGAAUUUCAAAAACGUGAAUGUACCUAAGGUUCCUGGGGGCGGAAUCGCUGCUUUGCUCAAAGUUGGCAUUAUUGGCGGGCUUGCUGUUUAUGGGGCUGCAAACAGCUUGUACAAUGUCGAGGGAGGUCAUCGAGCCAUUGUAUUCAAUCGCAUUGUUGGUGUCAAAGAUAAGGUGUAUCCUGAAGGGACACAUGUUAUGGUUCCUUGGUUCGAGAGGCCUGUGAUCUAUGACGUACGUGCACGACCUCAUUUAGUAGAGAGUACUUCAGGGAGCCGUGAUCUCCAAAUGGUGAAAAUUGGGCUUAGAGUCCUUACCCGACCUCUUCCAGACCAAUUACCGACAAUUUAUCGAACCCUGGGUGAAAAUUAUAAUGAAAGGGUGCUGCCUUCUAUUAUUCAUGAAACUCUCAAAGCUGUGGUUGCACAGUAUAAUGCCAGUCAGCUCAUUACUCAGAGAGAGACUGUUAGUCGAGAAAUAAGGAAGAUAUUGACUGAGAGGGCCUCCCAUUUUAACAUUGCUUUGGAUGAUGUGUCAAUCACUAGUUUGUCAUUUGGGAAGGAAUUUACAGCUGCCAUUGAAGCCAAGCAGGUUGCUGCUCAAGAAGCUGAGAGGGCUAAAUUUGUUGUAGAAAAAGCCGAACAAGACAAAAGAAGUGCUGUUAUUAGAGCCCAGGGUGAAGCCAAGAGUGCCCAGUUGAUUGGUCAAGCUAUAGCCAACAAUCCUGCAUUUAUCACCUUAAGGAAAAUUGAAGCUGCAAGGGAAAUUGCUCAAACGAUUGCAAAUUCUGCCAACAAGGUUUACUUGAAUUCUGACGAUCUCUUACUCAAUCUCCAGGAGUUCAAUUUGGAGCCCAGUGGGAAGAGAUAG